CAUAGUCUGCGACGCGCUCUCUGCAUGUGUCGUGAUUCGGCUGAAGGAACGUUUGUGUUUUAAGAACUUGAUUACGUUAAAAUCCAUAGAAACCGUUCAGUGUAAAGUCACUCCUGAAGUGACACGAUCAUAAAGAUGGCGUUUAUUAAAGAGGAGAGUGAAGACUUGCCGAUUGAAGAAGCAUUCAGUGUCAACAAUGAAGAAGAUAUUGAGGAACAAACAGUGCUGAAAAAGGAGAGUGAAAUGCUGAUGGAAACAGAAGGAGAUGAUCAAUAUAAAAAUUGUGAUUUCACAUCAGAAGAAAAAACGUUUUGUUGCUCCCAGGCUGAAAUUAAAACUGAUUUCACCUCCCAACUGUUUGAAACGCACUUCAACCAAAAUGAAAAGCUUAAGGUCUGCAAGAGCGUUAACUCUGGGGAGAAGACUCGUACCUGCCAACACUGUGGAAAGCAUUUAUCUAAAACUGUAAGCCUUAAAAGACACAUGAUCAUUCACACUGGAGAGAGGCCUUAUAAGUGCAUUCAGUGUGGAAGGUGUUUCCAUUUUAAAGGAAACCUUAAAGUUCACAUGAGAGUUCAUACUGGAGAGUGCCCUUUCAUCUGCCAACUCUGUGGAAACAGGUUCCCUCUUAAGGGGACCCUUAAAAAGCACAUGAGAAUUCACACUGGAGAGAAACCCUACACAUGCUCUCAAUGCGGAAAGAGUUUUGCUCAUAAAGAAAGCCUUAACAGACACUCAAGAACUCACACUGGAGAGAAACCUUACGCAUGCUCUCAAUGCGGAACGAUGUUUGCUCAAAAAUUAACUCUUCGCAGACACAUGAGAAUACACAAUGGAGAGAAGCCUCAUAAAUGCCUUCAGUGUGGAAAGAGUUUCGCUCAAAUUGGAAAUCUUAAAGUCCACAUGAGCGUACACACUGGAGAGAAGCCUUUCACCUGUCAACAGUGUGGAAAAAGUUUCUGCUUUAAAGGAAACCUUACUUCCCACAUGAUAAUUCACUCUGGAGAGAGCAUCUUCACCUGCCAACAAUGUGGAAUGUGUUUCACUCGAAAAGGAAGCUUUAACAGACACAUUGUAAUUCACGCUAAAGAGAAGCAUUUUACCUGCCAACAGUGUGGAAAGAGUUUUGACCAACAUGGAAACUUUAUAGCCCACAUGAGUGUUCACUCUAAAGAGAAAUCCCACAUGUGCACUCAAUGUGGAAAGACUUACAGUCAAAAAGGACCCUUAAAUUACCACAUGAGAAUUCACUCUGUUGAGACGGCCUACAUAUGCCCUCAGUGCGGAAAGAGGUUCAGUCACAAACGACACUUUAAAGAUCACAUAAGUAUUCACACUGGAGAGAAACCUUUCACAUGCCAACAAUGUGGGAAAAGUUUCAACCGAAAAGGAAGCCUUACCCGGCACAUGAGAGUUCACACCGGAGAGAAGCCGUUUACGUGUGGCCACUGUGGAAAAAGUUAUAGAUCCAAAAGACCCCUUAAGUGCCACAUGAGGAUUCAUUUAUGAGAGAACUGUUUUUGUAUGUUGGAUUGAAUUGAUUUCACAGACAGGAAACGCCUGUGUAAUGUGCUGAUUAUUGUUACAUUGCUAAAUUCCCUAUUAAUUUCCAGUGAUUAUGAGGGGAGUAAAGAAGCCAAAGGCAUGAAUUAGAUUUAAUUGUUUUGAACAUUCAAAUGACGAAUGAACUACAGUGCUUUGCUAAAGUAUUCAUACCCCUUCGUUAUUUUCACCUUUUGUUAUGUUGCUGCCUUGCGUUAAAACUGCUAUAAAAGGGUCCCUGGGUAUUUAGACUUGUAUAGCUUAAUGAUAAUGUAGUAAUUGUUGUCCUUACUAAAAAUAUGUAGUGGAAUUCCCAUUAAAGAUAUGUAAUUUUUUCUUAAA